UACACUUCGAUAGCCCUCUCCUGGCUCUUGGAGUUAGCAAGUCCAUAUAAACAGAGAUCAGCCUGCACAGAGCAGUGCCUGCUGCAGUCUUCUUGGCGUCGGAUUCUGCGUCAGGCAAGGCUGCAGCUGCGUCAAAACCAGCGUCAAUGUUUCAGCUGCCUAUUCUGAACUUCAGCCCCCAGCAGGUAGCUGGGGUGUGCGAGACUCUGGAGGAGAGUGGGGACAUUGAGCGAUUGGGUCGCUUCCUGUGGUCCUUGCCAGUGGCCCCUGCAGCAUGUGAGGCCCUUAACAAGAAUGAGUCGGUGCUCAGAGCCAGGGCCAUCGUGGCCUUCCACACCGGGAACUUCAGAGAGCUCUACCAUAUUUUGGAGAACCACAAAUUCACCAAGGAAUCCCACACGAAACUGCAGGCUCUGUGGCUGGAGGCUCACUACCAGGAAGCGGAAAAACUGAGGGGGAGACCCUUGGGGCCAGUAGACAAGUACAGAGUAAGGAAGAAGUUCCCACUGCCCAGAACUAUUUGGGAUGGGGAGCAGAAGACACACUGCUUUAAAGAACGAACCAGGCAUUUGCUUAGGGAAUGGUACCUCCAGGACCCUUACCCGAACCCCAGUAAAAAGAGAGAACUUGCGCAGGCAACAGGACUUACCCCUACACAGGUAGGGAACUGGUUCAAAAAUCGAAGGCAAAGGGACAGAGCAGCGGCGGCUAAAAACAGACUGCAGCAGCAGGUCUUAUCCCACGGAUCUGGACGCUCAUUGGGCCCUGAUGAGCGAGGGGAACAAUUGGGCUCAGCCUCCAGUCCUGCAGCUAGUUUGUCCAGCAAAGCGGCGACCUCUGCUAUUUCCAUCACGUCGAGCGAUAGUGAAUGUGACAUCUGACCUAUGGGGCGUACUUAGCGCAGCAAAAACCAGGAGAUGAGACCCAGUACAGUGCCUGACUCACAGUAACAGCCUUGGCCACAGGGUCAAACAUAGGCUGUCACUUAAACCAGGGAGUGCUGAUCAUAAUGUCACAUAAACCCACACUAGAAGACUGUAAGAUUUGUCACCUUUGUUUUUGGGGACUUUCUCAUAAGAUGCCUCAAAUACCAUGCUGCCAAGUGUCUGAGCGCCUGCCCUAUAUCUUAUGUGGGUAUUUCAUGUUGAAAAAAAGACGCUAUUAUAAUAAUUUUUUUUUUUUGCUUUACUUUAAAAUGUGUUUUUUAUAUAUUAUAUGAUUGAUGACUUAUUUAAGAGAUUGCCAAUGUUAGAAUUCCUCUGCUUGUCUGUAUGUGCGCAGGUGACUAGUAGACAGCAUGUGCGCCAAAUCUAUGGAUCUAAUGAGGGAUGCUGAAAUAAAAUAUGUGGUGAGCAUCAUUUCUUACUAAAUUUGCACAUUUUCUUCAUUAUUUUUGUUGUUUUCUAAACAUCUUCAAAUCCUACUUCUUUAUAUUCCAAGGGUUGUUUCUAUGUGUCCUGUUUAAA